AUGCCUGGCUGGAAGCAGACAUGCUGGGGCUCAGCCAGGCGAGUCAGUAAAGCAGUCCCCAGCGCUUUUGCAGCCUACAAAUCCCUUACCACCCAAGCCAGUGGUGCAGCUCACUGCUACUCUCCAGCUACCUAAUGGACUCACCCUGGAAGUCCCCAUUACAAUUGACUCAGGGAGCAACGCAGACUUCGUGGGGGUGCAGUUCAUCAAGCAGCAUCGCAUAGCGCUUCUACCAGCCACGCUGCCUCUGAACGUCGUCACGGUAGAUGGCAGGAAGUUGCUGGGCGGGCAAGUGGUACAGCAGACGCCACCCAUGGUGAUGCAGAUUGGGAAUCAUCGCGAGGUCAUCAGUUUCAACGUCACCCGACUGUCAGACACGCCUAUAGUGUUAGGCAUGAGUUGGCUGGAUAGACACAGCCCAUCAUUAGCGUGGUACCAGCGGCAGCUCACCUUUGGCUCGUCCUACUGCGCACAACAUUGCAUCCAGACCGGCCAGGAGGAGGAGGGCCAGGAGGAAGGGCAACAGUUGCAUCUAGGCAUGGUGCAGGCGGUGCCUCACAAGUACAAGGGGUUUUUGGAGGUCUUCUGCGAAAAGGAAGCUGACCAAUUACCACCCCACCGGCCCUACGACUGUGCAAUUGACCUCUUACCAGGGGCGACGCUGCCGACUGCAAAGCUGUAUUCCAUGUCUGAAGAUGAGAUGCAGGAACUCAGGGAGUUCAUAGAUCACAAUUUGAAGCGGGGAUUCAUCCGAGAAUCCAAGGCAGUGGGGGGCAGUCCUGUGUUUUUCGUGAAGAAGAAGGACACGCCCCAAAAAGGCUCAUUGUGGACUAUAGGGCCAUAAACUCGAUGACAAAGCCCAAGGCCUUCCCCAUGCCCAAAAUUGACGACCUGCUCGCGACGGUGAGGAAGGGGAGGGUCUUCACCAAGUUGGAUCUACGCGGAGCAUACAAUCUAAUACGCAUGAGGGAAGGUGACGAGUGGAAGACGGCCAUGUUCACGCCGCUGGGCACCUAUGAAUACAGAGUUAUGCUGUUUGGUCUCCAAAAUGGCUCCCACUGUUUCCAAGCAUUCAUGCACCACGUGCUAGCGGGACUCCUCUACAAGAAGUGCGUAUGCUUCCUCGACGACAUUCUGAUCUUCUCAGAAUCGCAGGAGACUCACGAGAGAGACGUAAAGGAGGUCCUGCAGAGGCUACAGGAGCACAGACUCUACGCCAAACUGGAGAAGUGCCAGUUCGACGUGACGGAGGUGGAUUUCCUGGGCUACCGGCUGUCCGACAAGGGACUAGCCAUGGACAGCGCCAAGGUCCGCGCGGUGUUGGACUGGAAUAGCCCGCGCAAUCGGAAGGAAGUCCAGAGGUUCUUCGGCUUCGCCAACUUUUACCGCAAGUUCAUCAGGGGUUUCGCGAAAGAGACGGCAGCUAUCACGGACACCCUCAGUUCCAAGAAGAAAAAGUUCACCUGGACGGACCAGGCGGAGCAGUCCUUCAGGAGACUUAAGAGCCUCUUCGCGUCCGAAGAACAGCUGCUACACGUGAAUCCCGGCAGGCCCAUGCGGGUUGAGACUGACGCAUCUGACAGAGCAGUGGGGGCCGUCCUCUUGCAGGAAGAUCCGCAAGGGAACUGGAGGCCCUGCGCUUUCUAUUCCCGGAAGCUCAGCAAGUCGGAACAGAACUACACCAUCUGGGACAGGGAGUUGUUGGCCAUCCACGCGGCUUUCAAGGCGUGGCGGCACUUCCUCAUCGGAGCCAAGCACACCGUGCAAGUCCGCACGGACCACAAGAACCUAGAGUAUUGGCGCACGGCGAAGCUCCAGAGCCAGAGGCACAUACGAUGGGCGGAGUUCUUUGCGGAUUUCGACUUCAGGAUAGAGUAUAUCCCGGGAGACAACAACGUCAUAGCGGAUGCGCUCUCCAGGAAACCGCAGUAUCUCGAGGAAGCAGCACCAGUGGCAGCCAAGCACAUUUUCGCACCGCAGGCGUGGGCGUGUGCUUCCGCCGCCGUGGACCUGGAUGCGGUGCGACGCGCGCUGCAGGCGGAUCCGUUCGCACAAUCCAAGAUGGAGGAGGUGCGCAGAGGGACAGCAAAGGACGACGAAUUCCAGAUACGCGACGGCCUGCUAACCCGCAAAGGUGCUCUCUACGUGCCGGGAGACGAUCUCCGCGCGAAGGUUCUACAGCAGUUACACGACGCACCCAGCGCGGGUCACUUCGGCAAGGAAAAGACGGCGGACUUAGUAGCCAGGGACUUUUGGUGGCCCCAGAUGCGAGGAGAGGUCGCGGAUUACGUCGCCAGGUGUGACACUUGUCAGAGGUCCAAGCCAGUGCACAAGAAGCCAGCGGGAUUGCUGGAACCGCUGGAGACACCACUACAGCCGUGGGAAAGGGUGGCGCUGGACUUUGUUACUGAUCUGCCCAGUUCGCGAGGCAAGACGGCGGUGCUUGUGGUUGUAGACCUGUUCACCAAGAUGGCGCACUUCAUUCCUUGUGCGAAGGUGGCAACAGCGGAGCAGACCGCCAAGCUGUUCAUAGACCACGUGUUCCGGGUGCACGGCUUACCACGGUCCAUCCUGUCCGACCGGGGUCGCCAAUUCAUUUCCAGUUUCUGGCAGAAGCUCCUGGGCAUCCUGAAUGUCAAGAUCAACUUAGCGUCGGCGAGACACCCGCAAACCAACGGCCAAGCGGAGAGGGUCAAUGCCAUCAUGCAGCAGUACCUGCGAUGUUACGCCAAUCAGCUGCCUGCAACUUGGGUGGACUACUUACCGAUGGCCGAGUUUGCCUACAACAACACGAAGCACGCGUCAACGGGGGUGACACCGUUCUUCGCCAACAAUGGGCGACAUCCCAGAACCUUCCUGGGGUUGGAGACAACGACGCAGGGGGAGUCGCAGGGAGCUGAGCAUUUAGCAGCAGAAUUGCAGGAGGUCCACGAGGAGCUACGACGGCACUUGGAACUAGCUAAACACGCCUACAAAGUGCAGGCAGACAGGCACAGGAGGGCAGGAGAAGACAUCCAGGUGGGGGACUGGGUAUGGUUAGCAGCCCAGGCGGUGCCGGCCAAGUCGUUAGCUAAGAAGAAGCUAGGACACAAACAGCUAGGGCCAUACCAAGUUGAGGGCAGGAUCAACCCCGUAGCUUUCGGUUGACCCUCCCAGAAGGUUCCAGAAUGCACCCGGUCUUUCAUAGGUCGGUGCUUACACCCUACAAGGCCCCACACAGAUUUCAGGAGCCAGGGACGGCACCAGACCCACGUAGAAAGUCACCAGGGGGGGGGAGUCACCGAGGGCCCCGACACUCAACGAGGCCACGGAAAUUCUGGACUCGAGAUGGGGGGAGGAGGGAGUAGAAUACCUCCUCGCCAGGGAAGGUACCCCAGCCAGCGCCAACAGUUGGGUGCCAGAUUAUGCUCUGGAGGAACCUCUUCUUAAAGACGAGUUCCAUGUACUCUUCCCACACAGGCCCAUGCCAGCGGAGUAUUUUGACGACUGGCUUUUUACGCCCACACUUUCAGACAGCACCUUCCGGGGGUUCUCCUCCGCAGAGGAGACCACGCCGGAAUCGAGCCCUCCAAGGGGAUCGUGCUCGGGGGUGGACACGGACUGCUCUUAUUGGUGGGACGAUCAACCAGAAGAGGAGUGGCGCAGGAGGUGGCUAAGGGGGCCUUGGCAAGCAGCAUCGCCUGAAGUAACAGGGGGAGGGGAGGACUUGGAUGUGUUGGGGGAGGACCCCGGUUUCGAGCACUCAUACACUGAACUGGAAGCAGAGGAGAUCGACGUCGACGGACUGUAUUCAGCAUCUACCCCCGCUACAACGGAGCUCCCGGAACCUGCGCCCGAGCAGCGGGAGGGGGGAAGGGGGGGCUUCGAGGGGGGGGAUGGAUGUCAGGGGUUCAGGGACAGAGGCACAGGGUAGGCAGGAGAUGGAGAGCGAUGGGGAUGAAUCCCAGGACAGCGAGGAAGAGGAUGACAAUGACUCAAGAGAUUCCAUGAGUCUUUCCAGCGAAUCAGAGGAUUCCCAGAAGGGGGGCCGGUGGUCAAGGCCAGGGGAGCCCCAGGGGGGAUGUGUCAGGAGCAGGGGGCCAGUGGGGGAUCCCAAAGUGGCAGCUGGGCGUCAGGACCAGCCUCCCCGCCAGAGUGCAGCGAAGGGGGUGGAGGUUCCAGUGUAUCAGGGGAAGCAGCUCCGGCAGCAGAGAAGGGAGGGAGGUCGGAGCAAGCCACCCUCCCGGAAGGGGGGGGAGUAGUGAAGGGAGUAGUGUAACUGUCAAAAGGAAGGUUAGAGGUUGGGCGCGCGCGCCAAGUUCAAAUGUGGAGGCGCGCGGAAGUACAGGGAGCCCGGAGGAGGAGCCAGGUCCCAAAGCCCGCAGGAGGGGGGAAGAGCAAUCUGGGGAUUCCGCGUCAGGGGAAUCCAGGAGGGGCGAAACCACAGCGGGCAGGAAGACCCUGCGGAAAAGGAAAGAGAGGAAGAGGUGGAGCAGCGCAAGCCUCUUAAACUGGUGCAGGGGAGGGACUGACUCAGAGGGGACUUCAACGGUCUAAGCGUAACAGACGAGGGGCUGCGCGCCUCGGAUGUGAAGCAAACAAUGAACUCCAAUAAACACUUUUGUAUAUAAGAAGAGAUUGGCGUUGGUCUUUUGUGAGCUGAGACCUGAGGCAGCCCUGACAACUUGUUUUGUUGAAUUGGAAUAUAAUUGUUGAGUAAUAAAUGUAACUUUCUAUAUGGAAAAAAAGAAUAAAAUAUUAUUACAAAAAUAAAUAAAUGACCACAUAGGUCCUCAGCAUUCAUUCAUGGCAGCCUCUCAACAGGUACUAACCUGCAUUUGCUAUUCAAUUUCUGAAGCCUGGGGACAUUUUCAUCUUGUUUACUACAACUAGAAGCACUUAUAAAAAAACAAUUUAAAUACCAAAUUCUUAACGGUUCUCUGCAGUAAACUAGGGUUUCCAUAUUUUAGGAAACCACAAAAAUUGUAGAACUUUUUCCAUUGUGUUGCUAUACAAAUCCGGGUGUUACCUGACAUUUUGCCUGAAACUUGACCCAGUGCUCUAGCCCAGCCUAUGGCAACCUGUUACCCACCAGAUGUUUUCAACUAUGAUGCCCAUCUGCCCCAACGACCAUGGCCAGCAGUCAACAAUUGAGUUGCAGUUCAAAAGCAUCUGGUGCGCUACAGUUUCCACAUCCCUGCACACAAAAUAAUUGUGACAAGGUCCUAUUCUGGUACAGGAGGGCUAGUCACUAUGAAGUGCCUCUGCUGCUCUGAUCCUAGGCCGAGGCAACAUAGAUGGCAGAGAGUAAAAUAAAUAAAUAAAUAAAUAAAUAAAUAAAGAAUAGAAUUGUAUUUAUAUCCCGCCCUACCCAGCUGAAGCCGGGCUCAGAGCAGCUAACAACAAUAAAAGCAACACAGCAUUCUAAAAUCAAUUCAUUCUAAAAUCAAUUCAAAAUCUAAUUAAUGGCAACCAUUGGGCUAGAGUUCUGUGAGGGUUGAAAUGGAGGGAGGGAGGGGGGAGGAGGGGGGAGAGAUGAUAGCAAGAGAACUGCACAUAGUGAGAAGCUGCAGAGGUGAGGGACACUGAAGCUCUCGUAUUAAGUUGAAAUAUCCAACUGUGUUUUUUGAAUCCAUCAUUCCUCUCCUCUCUUUUGACCCAAAUGGUAGCUGGGAAAGCAACAUGGAAAUAUUUACACCCUAUAGUUUGGACAUCGACCCAUUGUAGUACUGUCUGGAUUCCAAGCAGUGAAAGAAGCGCUCAUUGACCACUCUGAAGAAUUAGAUGAGCGACCAGAGACUCCUUUCCUUACGACCAUGGCAAAAGGAAAGGGUAAGUAGUGAAGAAUAAGAAUUUCUACUGGUAUUUUCCCAAGAGAAAACAUUUAAAGAGCUGUCCAGAACAAAGGUUCUCUAUUAUUGUUGCACUGCAGGAAAUGGGUUACCUAGGAGUGAACAGCUAGGGGCUGAGGUCCCUUCAGUGCCCCUCUAAAAUAUGUGAAGGGGCCUGGCUCCGCCAAAGUUCAUGGCAAUUGCCAUUCUAAUGGUGGGCGUGAGCCACAUCAUGUAACUGAUCAUGCGAGGUGGGACUCACUUGCCCCGUUUGAGGCGUUCUCAAAGAAAAGGAACGAUUGAACUCUGAUUAAUAAGAAUACACACAGAGGCUUGAACCAGCAAGACUCUGAGAAGGGUGCGCAUAAUAAUCUCUCCAUGCCUCCACUCCUCGGCCCAGGUUGUUUUAUUCACAAAAGAACUUUUACAGAGUGUUCGUAAGAACCAAUCAGAUUUCUUCUGAACAUUUCAACAAACCCCACAUGGGGAAAAGUUAAACUACCAAAAUUAAUUAAGCACACAGAACUAAAAGGAGUACAUUUGGCAACCGGGAGAGGUGAUAAACAAGCAAUAUACAUGAUAAGGAGGAUGGCCAGGAGGACAGCGAUCAUUAUCACCUUUAUGUGAAACCUGUUUCCUGGCCCUAAGAUUAACAUCCUAAGAUUAACAUAUCAGAAGAGCUACAUCAAAGAAGUUUGCCUACUGUCUUUGAUGACCCAGGAGCCUGCCAGUCUAAGCAACUGGGCUGUGUACGUGACUUGUGAAGAGAGAGAAAUGGGCAGUAGAGGAACAGUAGAGGAAAUGGCCAGAGAUUUUGGCGGUUGUGGGAUUUGAUCAGAAAUUAUUGUCAAUGUAUCAAACCCAGUCAACACAAUGCAUUCAUCGUGGACACAAUGGCUUGAUGCAUAUUUUAUAAUUCCUCAUAGUAAUCCCACCUGACCCCACACUCUGGAUAUUUGCACUCCUACACCCUUCCUGAUAUUUUAUUCAAGUUGGCACCCUGAUGGAUUGCAACUAGCAAGAUUCAACUGCAGGUAGAAAUUUGUUGCCUGUUGUAAUGCAUUUACUAUCCUGGCCCUCAGUGCUGGAUGAAGAGCUUGAACUCUGAGUUCUUUCUGCUGAAGGUCUUGACGCCUACAUCAGAUUGGUACUUUGCCAAGGCACAGGUUAAAAGAAGUGGCAAUUCCAUAAAAGGGAAAGAUACCCAUAUUAAAUACCAGAUGACUUUUGGAGACUGGUGCCUGCAUUGGCUGGAUGAGGUGGUGGGCUGGAUGAGGGCCAAUAAAGUGAGUCUGUAUCCUGGUAAGAUGGAGGUAUGGUGGGUGGAGUCUAGUCAAUUGUUCAGUUUACUGCUAUGGAUGGGGUUGAACUCCCCCUGAGAGAACAGGUUCGUAGACUAGGGGUGCUCCUGGAUAAAUCUUGGCUGCUAGAGGCCUAGUGGCCUUAAUGCCUUUUACCAGCUUCAGCCAGCAAGGCAGCUUUGGCUAGUAAGACAGCGUAAGUAGUUUUUGGAUCAGGAUAGCCUAACUACUGUCAUCCAUGUGCUGGUUAUCUCUAGGCUGGAUUACACAAUGUGCUGCAUUUGGGGCUGCAUUUGGGGCAAAAAAUGCAGUGGCUUGACUGCUCAUGGGGGCAGGACAUAGCCAGCAUGUUAUGCCACUUGCUGACAAUUAGCUAAGUUCAAGGUGCUGGUUGAACAAACAGCCUAUACAACUUGAGAUCAAUAUAUCCCUUCCAAUAAGCUUUUCUGUUGAAAUCGUUCUCGGUUUUGCUUCUUUUCAGCCCUUGGUUCCUCUGGGAGGAUGAGUGGGAUAUAAUUGUAAUAAUAAAUACAGUCAAACCUCAGAUCUCGAAUGCCUCCAUUUUGGAACUUUUUGGCUCCCAAACGUCAAAAACCUUGGAAGUAAAUGCUCAUUUCUUUUUAAUGUUUUUUGGUAGCCGAAUUCGGUAAGCCGAAUUUGGUAGUCUAACGCAGCCUCCACUUGAGUGCAGGAAGCUCCUGCAACCAAUCGGAAGCCACCACUCGGUUGAACGGAUUACGUUCAACAACACAGGUUUGACAAUUACAAUAAUAAUAAUAUGGUAUUGGCCCGAAUAUAAACCGCACCCACCAUUGAUGCACUACAGUCUUGUCAAGAAUAUGGUGCAGAAUGCACCCUCAAUAAAAGCCCCGUCUGGCGGGACCAGUAGCAGUAGUAACUGGUUGACAUCACACAUUAUAUCCUUAAAAACAGUGUGGCAAAAUUGGCUGAAUUGAGUUUGUUUGUUUGUUUGUUUGUUUGUUGAAGCUUUUCAGCAUACUAACUAAUCUAAAUAAAUAACAAAAACAAAAAAGGAAGAGAGAGAGACAGAGGAAUGCCAAGCCCUCUCUCAAAGGUAUGUCUUAACUCUUGUCUCACACAGAAGGGAGUGGACCCUCCCAGCUCUCACCUGGGUGCUUCCCUUUCUUCCCCCAGUCUCCCACCCUGGGAGAUCUUUCCUUCUCUGCUUCUCACACAGGCUAGCUAUCACCUUCAUGUGUGUACCCUCAUUAACCCAAGGCAGAGGACAUCGCAAAACAAAACAAAACAUAAGCAAAAGCAAAAUAGCUAAAAGAAGACGAAAAUAAUAAUUAAAACGUGAAGAGUGAAAGAGAGAAAGAAAUAAAGACAACUUCUGAUUCUUCAUCUGUAAAUUAUAUUUAUUCAUAAUAUUUUAGGUGUUCAUUCCAGUGUGAUAUCCAACUGUUUCCCAGGAUAAUAUCCAGCUGUUCCUUGUUCUGCUAGGUGAACAUCGUCAGCCCCAGACAUCGCUAAGUGUCAAGAAUAGUCCUCUUCCAAUCUUGUAUGAUGACUUUAUCUCUCUCUCCCCCCCCCCAAUUCCAACCAUUACUCCAUGUUUAAAAACAAUAAAUCAUUCAUUUUUAAACACGAAACUUUCCGCUAUAGUCAUAUAUUUUAAAAAUAAUCUGUUAUGUAGUGAGUUGAAUAGGAUCCAAAAUGCAGCAGUCUGAUUGGUCCUAGAACAAUAGGAUCCAAAAUGCAGCAGUCUGAUUGGUCCUACAAAAAUAGGAUUCAGAAUGCAGCAGUCUGAUUGGUCCUAGAACAAUGCAGCAGUAUGAUUGGUCCGCAGGAGCCACCCAAUCCAGCUCCAGGUGGAAGUGAAUCCACAACCUAAUUGGCCUACAGGAGAAUCCCGAAAUUAGCCAAUCACGUGCAGCCCAUUGUGUAAAUAAUGUAUAUAAAGCAGAUAUUUUGGGGGAACUUUCAUUCCUCCUCACCACUAUGAGCUGAAUAAAGGGCAUGAAAUCCACUCUCGAUUCCGAGUACAUUUCAUAAUCCAUAGUUAUUUACUUGUUGUAUAUUCAUUAUUUUACACCCAUUUUGAUUUUUUGCGAUCCCAUUUCCUGUAGGAAAAUUUAGCAAGAGGGGGAAAAAAGAACUUCCGUUUCCACCACUUCCAAUUUUCCCAAUAGUGUCACUAGAAGCUUGAUGGAAUUUCCCUCUAAAUUCCAUCCAAUUUGUACCCAGAAUCCUUUCUGCAUCAUCUUGUAAUUCUUUGCUGUAGAGAGACUAAGCAGCUCUUACAUGCAAAGGCAUGAAUCAUUGUUUGUUCUGAGAUGGCAACUUUUUACAUUGAUAUCUGUAAAUAAUAAUUUCUCAUUGCUUUGCCAAGGUAUUGCAUUAUCAAAUGGUCACACCUGGAGGCAACAGAGACGCUUUGGUGUAGUUACUAUGCGGAAGCUGGGGCUGGGGAAGAAAGGCAUGGAGCACCAAGUAGCAGAGGAGGCCCAUCAGCUCGUGGAGGUUUUUGCACGUUCAAAGGGUAUGUGA